AUGUCUUUUGCUGUUCGACUAAUUAUAGAUCGUGUCUUCAAUGCUGGUAAAUUAGGACAUUCCCUUGGUUGCUUCUCCAUUUGUUCUGUCAUCCCUGAUCAUAUUUGUUUCUUUUCCUCUGGCUGUGUGGAUCAGAUCCAGCAGAUGGCCGACAAGAACCAUCCCAACAUUGUGAAGCUCCUUGGAUUUGCGAUCGGAGGAGACUUGAGGACUCGGCCAGAGCAAGUCCUGAUCUAUGAAUAUGUGCCCAAUGGCGACCUUCACAGAUGGAUUGGUCCAAGCAUCCUGCCCUCUGAGUCUGAAGUAGCGGCUGGACAUUCUCAUCGGCUUGGCACGGGGCUUCGAAUACCUCCACGGCUUUGGCAUCGUGCAACGCGACAUCAAGCCUGCCAACGUCCUCAUCACCAACAGCAUGCAGGCGAAGAUUGCCGACUUUGGUCUGCUGAGGAUGGGGGAGGGCACAACUGUGGGCACAACGCGCAUCAUGGGCACACCGGGCUAUGUGGAUCCGGUCUACUCCAUCACGUCCAAGGCCACUGCAGCCAGCGAUGUGUACAGGUGGCGGAGUGCCUGUCCAAGAAUGACGUGGGGAGCCUCAUGGACCCCACCAUGGACGCCCCUGCUGAAGCUGUGCUGCGAGUGGCUCAGAUCUCCCUCGCCUGCACUGGAGAGCGCACUGCAGACCGCCCAAGCAUGGUGCAGGUUGCCAACGAGCUGCAGGCCAUUCGCGAGGCAGUGGGGGGGAAAGAGGUGCUGUGUGCUGCAGUCAAGGUGGAUGCGCAGGUGCAGGAGAUGAAGGAUGUUGUCGCCGGUGUCGCAAGCCUCGACAUGGAAAUUAUGAAGAUUGGAGAGCAGGCCUCAGGAUAA